AUGGGAGGUUGCUUCUUGCACAGCACCAGCCACCAUCUCCUAGCAGGCGCUAUCGUCGUCAAAGGUGAUAGCGGUCAUCGUAUAGUCAUGUCGGUCACUAUGGCAGGCGGUUCGGAGGCGCCAGCGUUGGAUAAGGUGGAGGAAGCAGGACGGGAGCUCGUGAGCAGGCGAUCGGCAGUCCAGCUGCUUCCUCAAAGUGUCCUCGGUGUUCCUGCGAACGGGAUAGCCAAGCUGAUGGCUCCUAAGCCAGCGCUCUGCGGGCAAGACAUCGAGGUCACGUUCGAUGCUCUUGUGUUUGUUGGGCACCCGAUCUCCCUGGACCAGCGGGCGUACAGCGAGGGGAGCAUAAGCCAGGAGAGUCACCAGAUCCUGCGAGGCUCUAAGCAGCUCUCGCAGAGACACGAGAGGCUGACGACGUUCACGUUCGUGCUGGUGGUGCAUCAUGGCUGCAAGUCGCUGAACCAUUGGAAAGAGGUGGCUCGAUCGGCGGGGCUGGUUUGGGUGCAUGAGCAGCUUCGCAGCGGGUAUCUGAGCAUGGAGGUUCAACGCAUCCAAGACCUCGUGCAGGGGAACAUCUCGUCGCAGGAACGAGCGUCGAAAGAGAACGAGCCGAAGCUCGAGGGCAGCAGCACUGACUUAGUGGGGAACAACCCCAGCCAUGUCGAGAUUGAGCGACAGAAAAGCUCGCUGGUGGCCGAAGUCGUCGAGGUGUUCGAGAGCUUGAAUGUCCACGGGUCUGCGAGCGUCCUCGUCAACUCAUGGCUCAACCUGCACGUGCGGGUCGGAGCCGCGACAGCAGCAAACGCUCCGUCACCGCGGAAGUACGACACCUUGCUCCUUCUGCAGCCAAGAGAUGAGAUUUUAAGAGAACUCCCGGCCGACUGCUCGUUGGACUUGGCGCUGGUAGUGCGCAAGGCGGAUCCCUUGAAGACGCUCAAGAGACUUUCAGACGAGCUUGACAUCCCGUUGCAGCGAGUGUUCGUGCUGUCCCAGCACCUGGAGAGAUGGUCUAAGGGACGAGUGGUUCAGAGCGUGAGCAAGGCGAGCAUCUACUUGAUUGCGCCCGAGGUGAACCUCUCGACCGUCGGAGUCUCGGAGAGAGAAGGAGAAAACAUCGCCGAGUCCUUCGAUCGUUUCAUGCCCGCGGAAGAGCCUUCGCGCAAGGGGGAGGAGGAGAGAGGAAAGGAGGACAAGGGCAAGGAGGAGAGGGCAAGAAGCACGAGGAGGAAGAGCUCGCGGGUCAGCAGGGGAUGGAGGGCUCAAGGCUCUCCGAAGCUGCGCCUGCAGAAAGCGCUGCAAGUCUUCUCGCAGGGAAAGACUCUAGAGGCGUUGCAGCAUGACGUGGAGAUCCAGACGCUGGCAGGUGGAGCAUGCGCCUUGAGCGAGAGGAGGAGAGGAGCUGACCAGCAGGCAGAGCUCAAUGUGUCGCGCUGGGAUGAGCUUGAGAGCAGCGUCAUCAAGCUGAUCAGGAGGAAGAAGAGCGACCUCGCGAGAGUUGCCGGCAUCUCCUCCUGCUUCUCGCUCCGUGCCAUCGCUUUCUUUCUGCUCACUCGCUGCAUCUCAGCGUGGCUGCUAGAGAAGAAUCUGGUCGUCGAGCUGCAGACUUAUGUCGAGUUUGUGUCGGAGGAUCUGCCGAGCUCAAGCGAGGAGGAGAAGGAGGAGGUCGUCCUCACUCCUGCGCAAGAGAUCAUGCUCGCAGUGAGCAUGGGGCUACACCCCAGGAUAGGAGAGAGAAGUCCUCUGAUGCUCCUUGCCGAGCUUCAGUUCCGCUCCAACGCGGAGGCCAGUCAAGGCAGCUCGCGUCGGUCCUUGGAGGACCUGCUGGUCGCCAUCAUGAGGAUGGCGCUCAAGGAGGAGCAGAGGAAGGUAGACGAGCAGGACGCGGCUGCGAGGAGGAGGAUGUCGUAUGGCAGCCUCGCUCAGGUUGACCCCAAGGAAGAGGGCGACGAGGGAUGGAUCGAGGAGGCAAAGUCGGAGGCAGAAAGGACUCUCCGUAGGAAGCUCGUGAACUCCUGGAUAAGGCACCUCUCCUCUCCUUCUCCCCCCGGGUUUGGCAGUCUGUCAAAGAAGGGAAAGGCGAGAUUGUGGUCCCGCCUCAAGAGAAUGCUCCCCUUCCUCGAUGGGCGUCACACCCUGCAGUACAUGUGCGAAGAGAUCAACCUGCGUGCAGAGAACAUCCUGGCCAUCGCUAAGCGCUGCUCGGAGUUUCUCGUCGUCAUCCGAUGCGCCGUAUGA